AAUGAUUCAAAUGCACCUUAUCAUCUUAUUCAUGUACUCUGUGUUUCUGUUACAGAAACUAACUAAUAUCAGGGGUAGAGGUGGCAAAUGGAUUGAAUUGGUGGAUUGGUGGAUUGGAUUGGUGGAUCCAUGGAUCAAAUGGAUUGGAUCUAAUGGAUUGGUGGAUUCAUGGAUUGGAUCAAGUGGAUUGGUGGAUUAUCCAUGAAUCCAAAUGACAUCCUCAACCAAGGACCAAUAUGUAAAAUGUAAAAAGUUUAGGUACUAAAAUGUCAUAAUGAAAAAUUUUAGGUACCAAAACGUAAUUUUCCAUUGAUAUUUUUCGUAUAAAAAUUAAAUUUUAGGUACUAAAAUGUAAAAAAUAAAAAUUAUAGGUACUAAACCGUAAUUUGCCAAUGAUCCAUGGAUCCAAUCCAUGAAUCCACCAAUCCAAUUGGAUUUGGAUUAAAUGAAUUGGAUUAGGUGGAUAUUUUUAAUGGAUUGAUGGAUUGGAUUGGUGGAUUGGAUUGAAAUUGUCACCUCUAAUCAGGGGUAGACCCACCAGCUUACUUGAUCGACCUCCUCUAACAAACAUAUACCAUACCACCCAUUCCCAUAUGUUUCCUCUUUCCCUUUGUUUGCAAGGAAGGAAGGAUUGUCCUUCCAAAGGGCUAAAGGCUGAAAGGGGAUAUCGAUUGGAGGGCGAUUGGGCAGUGUGCAAAAUGGGCAAGUCGUCCAACCAAAGCCUCAAAAGGACUAACUGCAUGCCCUACGGAUAUGAUCAUAUGGGUGACGUGGUGACUAACUAAACGUUACCUACCUUACACAAUCAUCAUAUCAAAUGUCCUCACCCACUAUCCCCACAAAUUCGGAUUUGAGCACAAAGUACAAUAUCGUUAUUUUUAACACGAUUUGAGCACAAAUUAAAGUACACUAUCGCUAAUAUUUUACAAGCCUUGCUGAUAAUUGAAAUUGGCGGGAUGAUAUAUACCAUGUAUCCAUAGAGUUGGAUGAGCUCAUAAUAGAUAUUACUUUGAGGAGUUUAAGUGUUGUUAACCGAAUUUGGAUUAUUUUUAAUAUGAUUCAAAGCAUCUUAUCCUAAAGCAUCCAAUAAUCCAUAUCAGAGCAGAGUACAAUGUUAUCCAAAUCAUUAUUCUCUACUCUGAUACAUCUAUUAAGUGAUAAUUAACUAACAUAAUCUUCUUAACAAGGGGAAAAAGUAAAGGGAAAAUUGAGAAAGAAUUUAGAUUUUGAUUUGGGUGGUCACUCAAUCGCAUUUCUACUAUAUAUUUUUCUUGAGUUAUACUCACUAUUAUUGAUAGGUUACAAAUUGAUUCACAUAUUUUUCAUAUAUGAAGAAAUAUUUUUGGUGGGGCGGGUAUGAGUAUGGGUAUGGGGCGGGGGAGACUUAAACCAUACCCGCCCCAUACCCAUCAAACUUGUGGGUUUUACCCAUACCCUCCCCAUGCCCGGUCAAUGCAGGGAUUCCCCGCGUUGACUGGGUCGAAGGCGGUCGGAUACCCGUGGGCAUGGGUUUGAUUGCCAUCCCUAAUUGCAAUGAAUUAUAGAAGUCGUUAAUCCUUGUAUCUAUGACCAAUGCUAACUUAAAGAUGACCCUAGCAAAUACUUGUUAUGAAGAUAAUCAUUGCACAAACAUCAUGCUGGCAAGAACCAGUUGGUUGCAAUAACUUGAGUUGUUGAGAGAGUUUCAAUUAUGAAUCAUAUAUUACUAACACACCCUCUCAAAUGAAAAUUCACUUAGAAUAGGCUUAAGGUUUGCACAUGACCGAAUACCAUGUGUUUAACAGAACAUAUGAGGGGUCACUAGGAUUUAGUCACAGAAGGCUCUGAUACUACGACAAACUAAUUGAUCCCAACAACUCAAAUUAUCAGAAGAGUUUCAAUUAUAAAUCAUAUUCUAUUUACUAACACACGCUUCAAAGAUUGUUUAAAUUGCUUUUCAUAAAGAAAAAACAAAAAAAAAGUUGGCCAUUUCUGUGUUUGUCAACUUAUGUAAAGAGUACAUGGAAUCAUAACAACAUUAAUGUUCAAACUUUAAAUUUUUUGUUUUUGAAAGGAAAAUCAAAUUACACAAGAAACCAUCUUGAACGAUUAAGUACGAAGUUAAUUUACUAAUUAGUCUUUGAAUCCAAACCCAACAAAGAUGAUUUUUAUUUGGUGCGCGUGUUUGAUUUUCAUCAACCUUUCUCUUUUGUCAAUUCCUAAUAAUGAUUAUAGGUUUGUUUUUCUCUGUGUCUCCUUUCUCUUUUUUGUCCCUUCUAAUUUCUUUUUCGAACUCUUUGGGUGGAAUUCGAUGAGAUGCGGACCUCUUCUCUUUAGCUUGCAAAGCAACCAAAAUAGUGUCUCUACUUUGCCUUUAUAGGGAUUGAAAGAUAGGUCGCCUAAAGCACAAGAAAUUUAGAGCUCAAACUCAUUUAAACCGACCACAAGUACGUGGCAAUGGGAGAACUUAAAAAAAAAGGAUGAUUAUCAUAAUUAAGAUGUUCCUUCUCGUGAUUACUUUCUUGUUAGAAUUUUAUCAUUCGAUUUCCAACAUUCAGGCAUAAAACCAACACAAGCAAACGGUUGAAACGUCAAAAAUUUGAAAAUUCGCAAUAGAUUAUAACAGGCAAAGAGGCUGUAAGAAAUUUGAAAACAGUGAAGAAUGGAAAUCGGAAAGCGAUGGAUGGCGUUUGGAUUCUGAAACGCAUUUAAUUUGGGCAACAAAAAUCCAAAACUCAACGAUUGCAUGCAUACGUAAGGGCCCAUGGGCUUUUUCGUCGUAGCUACCCAGAGUCUGACAGCAUAGUCACGGCCACGAUAAGCACAAGGUCCAGCCGGGCAUCUUUAACGGCGUCGUAUUCAUCCCCGAUUCCAUCCAUACUGCCCACCGUCCCGGUUCAUGGCGGCAGCGAGCAUCAUUCUCUCCACCGCCCGACGGCGACACCCGAGUUUCAAGUUUCAACGCCGGAGUGCAACCGCAUGUACACCUCUUUUUUUUUUUUUACAGUAAAGUACACAACGAGAUGUCGCUCGAUGGACGAAUUUUCUUUUUGUUCAUUUUCGUUUCGUAUACGACAGUUACUUAUAUUUGAUUCAAUAUUUCAUGGGUGUUGAAUUUUAUUAUCGAAAUAUUAAUUUUUUUACAUAAUGUUCUAUGGGUAAUACAUCAAAAUCGGUUACUUAAACUUAAUCCCUUAAAACUGACUUGCAACGAUAUUAUAAAGUAUGUACGAUAUCAAAGUAUCAAUUCUACAUUCUAAUCUGCCAGAUCAAAAGGACGGGUAAGGUCAACAGAAUUUUGAAAUCCAGAGAGAAAAGUUGUUAAUUUUCAUUUUAGGAAUCAGGAGAGAGUACAAAAUGCUUUGAAUGGUGAAUUGUGUAAGGGAAGGAAUUUGGAAGACUGGAGGGAAAUAUGAGAAAUGGAAAAAAGGUAUAGAGGACAGCAAUCCCCCCAUUCCUCCCUUUUGUUUUCCCUUUUUUCUAUUUUAAAUGAAUAAUAAUAAUUUUAAUUAGAUAAUUGCUUUUCGUUGAAUUUCAGAGGGUUUCCCUUGGAGUCACGUAUCUGCAAUUUGUUCAUUUCUCCGGUCAAAAUUAAUUAAUACAUUUUAUGUAUUUAUUUUAAAGUUCCUUUGCUUGCUGAGCUUAUUAGGCCUCUGGCUGCUGGCUGCUGCUUUCAUACUAUUAAAUUUUCCCCCCUUCUUCCCUUCCUUCUCAUCCCAUCUCAAUCUCAUCUUCUUCCCUCGCCAUUCCUCCCAUUCCACCUCUCUCUCUCUCCCUCUCUCGGUUUCUUCAAGUCAUUUUCCAGCUUAAUGGCGGGGUCUUUGAUGAAGGGUAACUAGCCAUUGAAAGGCGGAGCAAAUGGCGGGGCAAUAUUGAGUACUGACCCGGCAAAGCAAACCCCCUCAAUUAAUAAAGAAGAAACAAUGGAGGAGGGCCGAGGCGUUUUUGUAAGCUCAACAGCCGGUUCUCUCCUGAUCAUGGCUAGUAGCAGCAGCUGAAGGGUCGGGUAACUGCCUUCCCCCCCUUCUUUGCUUCACUUUCUACCUCUUGAGCUGAGGAAACUGCUGAGAAAGAGAUUAGGACUUUGGUUGCGGCAAUUCAUCAAACACCUUGCGACUCCAUCACUCCAAGGUGCUUUCCCCACCCUCCCAGCUCGCUUUGGCAUUUGAAUUCAGUUCUAUGUUGUUGAAAUUCUGCUUUGUUCUUUUGGUAUACUGAUUUUAAGGUAAACUGCUACCACAUGGCUUGUAGAUAAAAAAAAGAGGUUUUUCGUUUGCAUAACUUGGCGCCCCCAUGUCGAGCAAUCAUUCGUAUGCAAUGGAGAGGAGAUCAUUUCCUAGGAGCCCUUUGCUGAAGAAUUCCAUGCCCAGUAGUCCCUAUCACAUGAGUCCAAUGCUCAAGAGUCCCAUGCCGAAAAGCCCUGCUCGUUGCGAGACCUACAAGUCUAGGUGUGCUCACUGUUUGCUUGGUUUCUUCCGGUUUCGACAUAGUAAUUCGAAGAAGCUGAUUUCGGACAGCAGGAGCGCUAGCAGGCAUUAUGGUGAUGAUCGAUUUGCGAGGAAUAAACUGGAUUGGCACCCUGGCGUUGAUGAAAUUUGUGAAUGCAUCAAUACUCAAGGGGAUUCUAGGAACGCUGGACUUAGAUCUGGUCAUAAAGAGAUGCUGAAAAUCAAAGGGCAAGAUGUAAAAUCCGAUUCUAAAAGUGUUAGUAGCAGAACAAAGCGCCAUAAGAAGCGUAGAAGGGCUCGACGUUUGCCUAUAUAUGGUUGUUACGAUGUGGCAACUAUGGGAUUUGGGAAAACAGUUCCUGAACGGUUGAUGGACAGAUCAUCAAAUGAAGAAGAGUCCAGGGUUGCAGCAAAUAAGGAUCCAAGUGAUUCAAGUACUCCUCCAAAGGAAGAGAUCAAUCUUCAAGUCCAUAUGAAUGAAGCAGCUGAAGCAUUUAUAAAUCAGAGAUUUACUGAUGGGCGACUCCUUGGUGAAGACGAAGGCAAAGUCCAGUCGAAACAUUUCUUGGAUGCAUUAGGUGUUCUGAACACUAAUAAGGAUUUAUUUGCGAAACUCCUACGAGACCCCAACUCUCUACUGGUGAAACAUAUAGAAGACUUGAGAGAUUCUCGGCAAAAGGUAUCGGCCAUUGCUAAUGAGCCUCUAGAGACAAUUGUAGUGUUGAAGCCUGAUGUAAAAAAGUGCGACUCUUCUGUAGAUCAGCCUGUUCUAAGUACGGUGCAACAAAGUGCGAGGCCUGCAUUCUCUUCCUUCACACAAAUGAAAAGGAAGUUGAUGAAGGCAAUUGGAUCACGCAGAAAAGCUCGUCCAUUAAUACAAGAUGACUAUCCAGAGAACAAGGGUAAACAAGGGAUGGAAGAAUGUGACCAAGGAUCAGAACUGGAGAUUGCUGAAACCAACUUGCUUGAGCAAAGUUCUCCUCUGGAGAUCCAAACUAAGAGUAAAGAAAACAGGCUAAGACAGAUUGAGACAGGUGUGAGAAAAGAGUCCAGUCCAAGCAGCUGUAAUAGGAGCUCAACAGUUGUCCUUCUAAGGAAGGACAGACCCAAAACCUGGGAUGGAAUAUGCUCUAUUGAUGAGGUUGAUUCCUUGCAUACAGUUGGUCCUCGAGGAAAGAGGGAGCUUGGCUUUGUCACCCCCCAAAUGAGAAUCUCACCUUCCAGCAAUUCUCAAAUAGUACAAGAGAGCAAGUGUAGGAAUCAAAGAGGAAUAGAAAUCAACUGCCCAAGUCCUCUAAGGCAAAGCCUAGAGACUACACGUUGGGUGGAUGCUAGGGAAAGCUUUGAGAUGCUUGAAACAGAAUCAGCCAAGCCGGAUGGAUUCAGUUCUAAUGGUGAAGGGAGUGAGGGCUCUUCUGCUUUUGAUAACAUGCGUAUUUCAUCCCAAGCUUGUGCCAGCCCUGAAAGACAAGGUGACAUACAUUUUGAAGGCAUUAGUCCUCCUAGAACGCUUUCUGAUGGCAGACAUGAAUGUGUAGAUGCACCAAGACCAUUCGAUCCCUUGAGACCGGACUAUUUGUUUGAAAGCCAAGUAAUGACAUCUUCAGAAGCUGAUUAUAUGUCAAGCCCUCCACAGGCCAGUAGGAUUGAAGGUCUGGAUAUAAAAAUUGAGGACAAGCCAGAACAUCCUAGUCCAAUUUCUGUUCUCGAGCAAUUCUGCACUGAAGAUAUCACUAGCCCCGUGAGCCAAAAGUCUAAUCCUGUUGAUCCAUCAGACCUGUCAAUCCGAACUGUAUUUCAAGAAAAAUGCUCUGCCACUAUUCAGCACCCAGCUCUGAACUCUGAUCCAUCUCCAGAAGAGCACAGAUCCAUGUCAGGACACAUUUCCUCCAUAUUGCACUCUGCGAUCUCAAGUUGGGACGAGCUCCUAUUGAGGUGUUAUUUCUCAGACCCGCUUCUCCUAGAAAUUGUGCUCGAUGAAGUGGAUAUCUGCUUGUGCAACGAUCGAAUACUCUUUGAGUACAUCAAUGAAGUUCUUCUGGAGGCCUACGACCAUUGUCUGAGAUGCUCUCCUUGGCUUUCAUCAACGAAAUCAAAGCUUCGGCCAGUUUCAGUAGCUGAGAAUGCAACUCGAGAAGUGAUGAGAUGCAUCGACUGGGACCUCUUUCUGCACCAUCCCAUGGAAACUGUGGAGGAGAUCAUCAUGAAGGACUUGGUUAAUUCGAGGACAUGGAAGGACUGCAAAGGUGAAACUGAUGACAUUGUUAGAGACACUGUAGAAAGUAUUAUGCAAGACUUGAUCAUGGAAUCUGCUGAGCUAAGCAACUCGGUCCAUUAACACAACAGCAACAAAAAGGUUCGAGAAUUUUGCCUUGAAUCAUGCACACAUGGCUCAAAUUCGUUGUACAAUUGUAUAGUUUGGAUAAGCACCACCCUCCAAGAGCCACCUUAUAUAGAGAACUUGUUCAAAUGUGUUAUUUCUUUCUUCAUCAGGAAGUGACAUACCUUGAACAUGUUUCUUGUUAUACAAGAAUAUUGAGGGUUUUGUUCAUUGCAUUUGUUUUUUGUAUGUCUGCUCUCUUUGUAAUUGUUAGUUGGAGAAAUUGUUUAGGAUCUAUUGGUCUUUUGUUCUGGUGACAUACUGGCCAUUGGCUCUGAAAGCUUUAACAUCUGCUGCAGAAAUUUAACAGAAAAUUUUGGGCUAAAAUCACUACAACACUCAACCUAUCCAAAAAAUGUCACUUGUGUCUUAUUUUAUUUAACAUGACAAUCUUGAAAAGCUCGAUUCAAUACCGUGAGAGUGAGAUUUGCUGCAUUAUGAUUGUAAGCAAUGGUGAUUAGGAAUCUAUUAAAAUUGUGCCCUUAAA